AUGGCAACUCACGCUACUUACCCCAGCCUACGGGGCAAGACCGUACUCAUUACAGGCGGUGCAGAAGGGAUUGGCGCUGCUACAGUGGAGUUGUUCACGCUACAGGGCAGCCAGGUCAUCUUCAUCGACAUCGCAGAGUCUUCAGCGAAAAAGACAAUUGACCGCGCUGUAUCGCGUGCGAAAGACGCCAAUGUGCAAGCCCAAGCACCAAUCUUCUACAAUUGCAACGUGUCAGAUUUACCCAAGCUACAAGACACGGUCAAGAGCAUUCAAGAUAAGCAUGGGAUGAUACAAAUCUUGGUUAACAAUGCAGCCGCUGCUGGAAAUAGAGCCAGACUUGAAACAGAAAAGGUCAGGCCUGAAGACUGGGAAGUAAACAUCAACAACAACCUUCGACAUGUCUUCUUCAUGAGCCAAGCUGUUCUUCCAGCUAUGAGAGAGGCAAAAAGCGGGAGCAUCAUCAAUCUUGGGUCAAUCACCUGGCGCAUCCCCGCUCAAGGAACCCCGGAAUAUGGGAAGUACAAUAUUCGUAUCAAUAGUGUUAUGCCUGGUGCUAUCGCUACACAGCGGCAGAGGGAUGAGGUUCUCACGCCAGAGUAUCGCGAGGAGGUUAUGCGUGGCCAGAGUCUGCAGCGAGAUCUUGAGCCGGAGGAGGUAGCCAAGGUGAUCGUGUUUUUGGGUAGUGACGAAGCGAGUGGAGUGACUGGUAGUUCGUAUGUUGUUGAUGGCGCUACACAAAUCCUGGAGAACAUUCGCUCCGGUAAUUUCACAGUUGAGCAGUAUGCUUCAUCACUACUCGAGCAAAUCAAGCGACGAGAUGAUGAUGUCAAAGCCUGGGCAUAUCUGGACCCAAAGGCUGUUUUGGAACAAGCUAGAGCAUUAGAUAGAGUGCCGAGGGAUCAGCGAGGACCACUGCAUGGUCUUCCUGUUGGGAUCAAGGACAUCAUAUUGACCAAAGAUAUGCCGACCGAACAUGGGUCAACUAUCUAUAAGAACGAUCAUCCUGUGAUCGAUGCUGGAUCGGUCAUGGUUCUUCGGCAAGCAGGAUGCCUCAUCUUUGGUAAAACUACAACAACCGAGUUUGCCGCAUCCUUCACGGGUCCAGCUACUCGCAAUGCACAUAGCACAGGUCAUACACCUGGUGGCUCUUCUGCAGGCUCAGCCGCCGCAGUGGCAGACUUUCAGAUCCCCAUUGCUCUUGGUUCACAAACUGUAGGCUCCAUUGUUCGACCAGCUGCAUUCAAUGGCGUCUAUGGUUUCAAACCUACAUGGGGAGCUAUCACAAGAGAGGGACAGAAGUUCUGUGCUCCAACCGUGGAUACAAUCGGCUUCUUUUCUCGAAGCGUCUCUGAUUUUGAGGUCCUAGCUGAUGUAUUCGCUUUGCAUGAUGACGAGAAGAGCACGUUUGAAGAUAUCAAAGGCUCGAAAUUUUCUGUAUGCAGGGCUUCGAAAUGGGACAUGGCUGGAGAGGGUACAAUCGCGGCUAUGGAUAAAGCUGUAGAGCUUCUCAAAGCCCAUGGCGCUGAGGUUGAAGAACUCGAUCUCGGUCAAGACUUUGAUCAAGUCGUCGACUGGCACUUUACUCUUGUACGACUGGAGGGUGCAACGAGUCUGUGGCCAGAAUAUUGUCAAGCCAAAGACAAACUUGAUCCAGUGCUGGCCAAUGGUAUUGAAGAAAAGCACCAAAUCUCACGAAAGGCGCAGCUCGAUGCAUAUGAUGGGCUUGCAGCUUUGCGGCCCCGAUUCGAUAAGAUGGCAGAUGAGUAUGUGGCAGUUCUCGUGCCAAGUGUUUUCGACGAAGCUCCUGAAGGUCUUGAGAAUACAGGAAGCCCUGUCUUUGCAGCAACUUGGACGGUAACAAUUUGCCUGUUGGAGUGUCUCUUGUGUCUGCGAGACUUCGUGAUCGUCACCUUCUCAAGGUGA